UUGCUGAGUUUUAAGAAGGGUGAUGUGAUUCAAAUAAUCACUCGUAAUGACACUUACGCGCCGUUGAAUGGCAAUUGGCUCUACGGUAAAAUUGGUAAUCAGUACGGCAAUCUACCAGCAAAUUACGUGCAGCCACUCGAUACGGUUAAUAGAGAUCGCUUUGUUUCAUUGCUGCUGCCAUAUUCAUAUGAUCGCAAUUACUAUUCUUAUUCAUUGUUUCAGCCUGACGAUUUGCAAAACUCUGACAUGUACUCACCGACAGGCAACUUCGAUGAAAUAGUAGGUUUUUGCUUGGUAUUCAUUUCAUUGUUGCUAUUAUUACUAUUAUUUUGCAGUAGUAAGUGUAGCAAUAGCAAGUGA